ACAGAAUUUCUCAAAUCAAACGGCAUGAAACCCACUGCGUUCUGAAAAGCUUUUUUUUUCCUCCAUUUUUUAAGCAUCUUCCAUUUCAAAUCCCCCGAUCUUCCUUUAUAUACCGCAAUCGGUUGGAUUUAGGGUUGUUCUUGUUCUUAAAAAAGUUGGGUCCUGCCUUUUAGCUCUCCCUUUUGCUCUUUUGAUUCAAAAAAUUUAAUUGAAGAUCGAUGGGGAGUUCUGGAUUCUCAUGGAAAUUGCCGGAUCAUCCUAAGCUUCCUAAGGAUAAGAUAGUGGGUCUUAUUGUUUUGGAUGGGUGGGGUGAAGCUAACCCAGAUCGCUACAAUUGUAUCCAUGUUGCCGAAACUCCCACCAUGGAUUCCUUUAAGAAGGGAGCUCCUGAGCGUUGGAGGCUGCUCAGGGCACAUGGUAUGGCAGUAGGUCUCCCUACUGAAGAUGACAUGGGCAACAGUGAGGUUGGACAUAAUGCGCUUGGUGCUGGACGUAUUUUUGCUCAAGGUGCAAAGCUUGUUGACCUUGCUCUUGCCUCUGGAAAAAUAUACGAGGGAGAAGGUUUCAAAUACAUCAAGGAAUCCUUUGAAACCGGCACUUUGCAUCUUAUAGGAUUACUGAGUGAUGGUGGAGUGCACUCUAGGCUAGAUCAGUUGCAGUUGUUACUCAAAGGAGCAAGUGAGCGUGGUGCUAAAAGAAUCCGUGUCCAUAUACUUACUGAUGGGCGUGAUGUUUUGGACGGUUCGAGUGUAGCCUUUGUAGAGACUCUUGAAAAUGACCUUGCCAAAUUACGUGAGAAAGGGGUUGAUGCACAAGUAGCAUCUGGUGGAGGCCGUAUGUAUGUGACUAUGGAUCGUUACGAGAAUGAUUGGGAAGUUGUGAAGCGGGGAUGGGAUGCACAAGUACUUGGCGAAGCACCACACAAGUUCAAAAGUGCUCUUGAAGCUGUCAAGAAAUUAAGAGAGGAACCCAAGGCAAAUGAUCAAUAUCUACCUCCAUUCGUCAUAGUUGAUGAUAGUGGGAAGUCUGUUGGCCCAAUAGUGGAUGGUGAUGCAGUAGUUACCUUCAAUUUUAGAGCAGAUCGAAUGGUUAUGAUUGCCAAGGCCCUUGAGUAUGAAAAUUUUGAUAAAUUUGACCGAGUUAGGUUCCCUAAAAUUCGUUAUGCUGGAAUGCUCCAGUAUGAUGGUGAACUGAAGCUUCCAAGCCAUUACCUUGUUUCUCCCCCAGAGAUUGAGAGAACAUCUGGGGAAUAUCUUGUGCACAAUAAUGUUAGGACCUUUGCCUGCAGUGAGACUGUCAAGUUUGGUCAUGUUACCUUCUUCUGGAAUGGAAACCGUUCUGGAUAUUUCAACCCAGAAAUGGAGGAAUAUGUGGAGAUUCCUAGUGAUUCUGGGAUCACUUUUAAUGUUCAGCCAAAGAUGAAGGCUAUAGAGAUCGCUGAGAAGGCAAGAGAUGCUAUUCUUAGCCGGAAAUUCCAGCAGGUACGUGUUAAUCUGCCAAACGGUGACAUGGUUGGACACACUGGUGAUAUUGAGGCCACAGUUGUAGCUUGCAAGGCUGCUGAUGAUGCUGUAAAGAUGAUCAUCGAUGCAAUUGAACAAGUAGGGGGAAUUUACGUCGUCACUGCAGAUCAUGGAAAUGCAGAGGACAUGGUGAAGAGAAACAAGUCCGGGGAGCCUCUUCUUGACAAAAGUGGCAAAAUUCAAAUCCUCACUUCUCACACUCUUCAGCCGGUUCCUAUUGCAAUUGGAGGCCCGGGACUGGCCCCUGGAGUUAGAUUCCGUAGUGAUGUUCCUAAUGGAGGGCUGGCCAAUGUUGCUGCAACUGUUAUCAAUCUCCAUGGUUACGAGGCUCCCAGCGACUACGAGACGACCCUAAUUGAAGUUGUCGAUUGCUAAGCUUGUGGCAUGGGAAGUUCAGUUAUCCGAGUAAGAUUAUGUUUUUACAAUUAACAGAGCGAGAAGACUAGCAAUGGCUAUGCUAGGUUGUGGAAUAAAUACUCUUUCUUUUUCAUCCUUGGAUUCAUGUUCCUUGCUCAUGGUCUGUCUUUGUUAAACCAGACCAUGAAAAGGAAGAGGAUAUAGUUCAACUGAGAAAUUUUGACUCUAAAGAUUUAAUAGCGAAGUUGAGGGUUGAACACAACCUUCCAAUUUUCAAAUUUGC